AUGCUGCAGUUUGUUUCUUCAGAUGCCUUCUUUUCGCAUCCGUUCAUUGUGGCAUCAUCUUCGUCCUCUACAUCUCCAGUAAAACAACGCGAUCCUUUGUCGGCUUCACCACCGCAGUUACCUUCAUCGCCGUGUCAGCGCACAUCCAUGCAACAGCUAUCACCGACUGCUUCUCGACGUACUGUUAGCGGUUCGAAAUUGGCAUCAGCACAGUUUUCGACGACUUCCAGCAGUUCACGGCACAACACGUUCCCGUCUCUUGGCCAGCCAGCUGUGGUCUCCGAUUCAGACGAUUUCACAUUCCUACCGUCCUUUCAUGGUACUGCUCAAUUCCCUCCGUUUGGAACUAAUCCGACAAAGACACAGUCUCCUUUGCUAGCACGACGACCGCUUUCGGCGGCCAAUCCCAAUAUUGAUUCACAUUCCUGUAAUCCAAUGAAACAAAUUAAGGUAAUUUUUUUUUUUUUUUGCCAAAAUACGACAAAUUGA